AUGAUGGCGUCAGCUCCGGUUAAGGAUCACGUUUUCUAUGUUGCCACUAUGCAGGAACUACAGACUCUUCUGCAACGGAUCGGUGAAUCUUCUUGCAAGAGUAAGUAAAAGGAGAUGAAGUGAAACAGUGGCAUUCUGUUUGCCCCUGUCUUCAUUUACAAACUUCCGCUUAUAAGGCUUGGACUUAUACAACUUUGUAAGGGAAGUGCGCAAAAAAAAUCGAAUUCAUUUGAAAACAAGCUAGAGUUAGAGCGUAUAUCCCCGGAGGUUGAUACUAUCGGAUACAUUUUUCUGUGAUUAGGUAGAUAAGCCUAUAACAAGGGGAGAGGAGGGGGGGGGGGUGAUAAGUUGGGGGGGCUUACGGUAUGUGUCAAAUAAAAAGACAGACAUGCAGAAUUAUCUCGUUUCCUGGUUUUGUUCAGAUCAGAAAUUUUUCCUUUUAGCCGGUGCAAACGAUUUUUUAUUUACUUUGUAACCGCCAUUCUGCAGCUUGAGAAAGAGAUUUCUUAGAAAACAUUUCGAAGGAACCUUAUCCAAAGGAUAACGACGAAUUUGUGACUUAAACCGUAAACCAGUAGAUAGGUGGAAAUUUGACUCAAAAAUUAAUGACUUAAUGAUGGAAGAAAUGCUUUGUUAGUUAGUGUAGUUCAACCAAUUGCAAUAGCAGAGAUUGCAGUUGAAAAUCCCUGCCUCGCAAUUAAAAACAUUACACAACCAGAUUACAAGACAAAAUGCUUCCAUUGUAGCUUUAUGACUAAAAGGUUUUAAAAGACGCUGCUUUUUUUUUGAAUUUUCGUUGUGAACUCUUGGCGUUGUUGAAUUAUUUCAACUACAUUUUUUUUUUGUUUUCUUUGAUCAUUUCUUUUUUACAGAAUACCAGUGUUUUUAUGUGACAUGUGAAUACACCGGUUGGUCGGAGUGGUCCAGCUCUUGCGGCAGUGGAAUGAAAAGGGUGCGAAGGUUAAGCAAGCAGACCGAGCGUAUCAAAGAACAACAAGGAGGCUGUUCAGGCCUAACUACAACAUGUGAAAAGGAGCAGUUGGAAACUAAAAACACCCAAUGUGAGUAAUUCUCGUUUUGCUUCCCCAGCACGCCAAAAAUCGGAAAAAAAAAACUCAAACGCAUAUCAUAGCUAUACUGUACUAUCGUCGUUGCUUAAGCUCCCCAAUGUCUUGUGUUGAAGCUAGAAGUUUUUUUUUUCAUUUAAUACAAAUCUAAUAGCGUUUGCUUCAAAAUACCUUGUAUAGGGAAGAUCAUAAAACCUCUCAGCAAACUGGUUCAGACUGAUCAAGUCAAAAGUCACGUGACAUGUUCAAUCCAUCGUCAACGAGGCUCGAGCGGAGCGGAAGGCUCAUAACUUUAGUUCUCUCCGCUAAUUUAGUGACGACUAUUUCAGAGUGAUGAUUCAAUUUUUUUGAUAACAAAAUGUUUUACUUGUUUCAUUUUUUUCUUUAGCUUAGUUGUAGGAAAGUUUUAAUGACGCUCGGAAAGAGGAAAUUUGCAAACUUUUGGGCAGACAGCUUAUCUUUACAAAAAUGAGUGUCAUGUCACCCUUAACGGUUCUCUGGCUUUUUUUUUAACCAAACGAAAAUCAGGUCCAUGUAAGUACGUGACAUGCGCGUGGAAUCCUUGGACACGCUGGUCCUCUACAUGUGGUCGUAUGACUCGACAGAGGAGUAGUAAAGUUACGCCACACGUGGUGAACAGACCGAAUUGUAAUGGUCUUCAAACCUCAUGUCCAACGCCGCAGACGGAAUCAACCUUUGUGUCAUGUAUGUUGCACUAUUUACUUACACACGAUGCUUUUCUUAGAGAGUGUUUUAUAUGACGUCACGUCCGCCAUAUUGGUGGCGUACAUCAAUGAAACGGCGGCCAAGCUGGGGUCCCAAACCCAUCCUGUGUUUUUUCUGAUGUAAAAAUUUUCUCGUCCCAAGAAAUUUGUCUCACAUGGGUGAAAACGCGCAGUAGCUGCUUGUUAUAAAUAAUGAGUAUAGGGAAUAGAAGAGACUACGACUACGAUCCUGCCAUUUUGUUUAAGGUGCACACGCCAUACACUGCUGAGAGGGCUGAAAAUACAAUGCAGCAGCUUGCACAGUGAUUAAACCGAAUUCGAGCUUCCUGAAGUACCACUCUGUAGAUACCAUUUGGGGGAUUACAAUUCUUGAAUAGAAUCAACAGCGGAGAACUGUACAAUUUUCUAUUGUGAUUUCCUUUGAUUCAUUCAUAAUGAAUCGUUCAUUUAAAAUCCUUUAUCUUCCUUUACUAGUCUAGUUUUCAUACAGUUGUCGAGUGUCCAGGAGCCUGUUUAGAGGACAUUCUUAGAAAGUUAAUGCUACACUCAGAUCCAAAGAUUCCCCACGCACCUACGAAAUAACUAAUGACAUGUUUUCAACGACAGGUUGUAAAGUAGACCUCGGAGUUCUUAUGGAUGAAUCUGGAAGUAUCAGCGAUGAUGAUUUCCGACGAGAAAAGAACUUUGUAGCCGAGCUGGCAAAGGGCUUUAGCAACUUUGGACCUAACGGAGUACAGAUGGGGGUAGUGAGCUACAGUACCUAUGCUAAUGUAGACAUCAAAUUGAAAGCAUAUUCCAACAAGGCUGAUUUCAUGAAAGCUGUGGAUAGAAUAAAGCAUAGAGGUCAGACUGAGUUGCUGCACCGUAAUAACAUUGUAUCUAAAUAUAAAUAUGACCUUAAAUGGUGCUAAUCUUAAAGGUGAUGUUACACAGGACGAUUCGCAACGACGAUUUUUAGCGCAACACAGUGUUGCAAUGUUGGAACAAUAUUGUAGCCAUUCGAAACAAUGUCGCAACAAUGUUGCAACGCUAUGUUACGCUAAAAAUCGUCGUUGCGAAUCGUCUCGUUUAACAUCACCUUUAAAGGUGAUGUUACGCGAGACGAUUUGCAACGACGAGUUUUAGCACAACACAGCGUUGCGAUGUUGGAACAAUGUUGCAACCAUUCGAAACAAAGUGGCAACAAUGCUGUAAUGCUGAGUUGCGCUAAAAAUCGUUGUUGCGAAUCGUCCGGUGUAACAUCACGUUAAGGGGCUGUGUCACGGAUGUCUAGUUCAUUUUAGGGACUUUAAGAAUCAACGACCUGACGGCAACGGGAACGUGUGAAAAAAAGAAAGUUUUAAUAAGCAAACAACGACUUUGCACUUUGCACGCUUUUUUGUACGUUUCUUUGCCGUUUGUGCACGACUAGGACGCAAAAAUUCCUAAUUUCAGGUAACCCCACUGACGACGAAUUUGCAUCUGGUCCCUUGGUCAGGAGGGUUCGUGUACAUUUGACAAAGGAAUAAUCGCGAUGAAGGCUGUAAGAAAGCAAAUUUAUUACUUUUUAAGCGACGUUCUCGUUCCUGUCGCGUCGUUGGAUCUUAAAGUCCCCUUUGCCUGUCAGUUACGCCUCCUUAUUUGCUAUGUAACUGGAGAAAUUACCAGUGAAUGACAAAGUUUCCCAAGCAUUAUAUCAAAUGUUACAAACAACAAAAAUGAACUUUUAAAAACUGUUAGGCUGACAAGUUUUCAAAAAGCUCAAUUACAAUCCGUUUCGAUCUUCUUCAAAUUUGUCCAUCUGUUCAUUCCUUUGUGUUUGCUGUGUUUAUCAAACCUUCUUUAAACUUUUCGAGGUUUUUUUUCAUUAUGGCAGUACAAACGUCUGGAUGCCCAGAGUAAAAACUAAAAGCUUUGGCUGGGCGGAAAACCGUAACCAGCCGCAGUAUCGACUAAAAUUUGUAGUAACAAUUACACAACAAUUUGCGCAAAAAAAAAAUGGGUAAAAAUGAUUUGUUAAAGUUUCAUAAAAAAUAAACAAUAAAAAAAUCCUACAAGCUUUAUGGACGUCUUAAUUAUAAAAUAAAAAUGUUCAUAAGUGAAAAAUCAUCGUUCAUGUAGCUGUCCAUUAAAUAAUGGGAAAGUCUAGGGUAUGUCAAUAAAUUUCGAUUAUGUGCAAGACUAAGUAUCUGUUAAAAUAGGUGUCCACAAUUCCUAUAGAUAUCUAACCGCUCAGCUUGAACAUUAUUGCAAUGUGUAAUGAACUAGUGAGAGAGCGCAUAAUUGAUUCACACUUGUCUCCUACAAGCUCUUUUAUGUUUGCUCAAAUGAGGACAAUGCGCGCCUGGUGCAAGUACACUAAAGCACCCAUAUUGAGAGUAUCAAUACUUAUUCUUUGGAAAAUGUUAUUCUUUUCAGUGGCAGGGUUACCGCCAUUUAGUUUUUCACCCGAGAAAAAGUGGUGUCCCUUGUGCUUGUGUGUAUGUUGCGGUUAUUUUUUUUUAAUUUCAGUUAAUUUUUGUUUUUCCUUUGAGUAUUUCAUCCGUGCCCAUUUUUCAUCCGUGCCCAUUUAUCAUCCUGGAUGGAAAGAGAAAAAGUUGUGUCUCUUGUGAUAAACGUUAGAUAACCUUUUUUUCCAUGUAAGAAAAUGUAUGCCUAAACAUUUCGUGUGCAUGUUGCAGGAAAUUUUUGUUUUUCCUUUGUUUCAAGUUCAUUAGCAUACAUUACCAUGCCCAAAUACAAAAGAAAAACAAAACUUAACUGAAAGAAAAAAAUUAACUGCAACAUAUACAUUAUGUGCGCUCGUUUUCCAUGCAUUUCUAGAUAUUGAGACAAUACCGGGAAAGGAAAAAAUAUGUCAAUGGGUACCAGUUCCUACGAGGGACAUUUUAGCCUAAAGUAUUGUUUUCACUUAUUGCAUAUAAUCCCUUAACAGUAAUCCGUGUUUAGAUGUGUUCAAAUUUCAUUGUUUAUAACUUAAAAUUAGGUUGAGAAAAACAAUUAACCUUGUCAAUCUAACAGGUGGAUGGACGUACACUGAUCGGGCACUGACACUGGCAAAGACAGAACUUUUUCAACCCUCAAACGGCGCUAGAAAAGGAGUUACAAAGGUAAGUUCAUGCAAUGUAUAGGAGACACAGUCGAACCUCAAUUAAUUGGCCUUCUAAAAACGCAAGUAAAAUUAUACCCUAAUUUCACGAGUUUACGAUUUGAUGAGCGAUUAUUAUCACAGGUGAAAAAUUAGUUCAAAAUCGUUUUCUUUUUUUUUUUCUUGUCAGUUAUCGUAUUGAGAACUACACGCGCUGAAAUGUUUAGAGCAUUAAAGUUUGGGUUAAGGAAAAGCUUAUGAAUUUUUCGACAAAAAUUCUGUUACAAACACAAUCCUUGUGUGCUCUUUAGUAUGUUUGGUUUUUCUGAAGCGUCUUUUAAUGCCCUAAAUUCUUUAUUUAUAUAACAUUGCAAAACCUCGACGCACUCUUGGAAACAAUGACAAGGCAACUUGUAAUUUCACAUGUGAAAUUAUGAAUUAAUGCUGAAAUUUUGCGCCAAAAGUAAGGAGUAUUUUUUCAUGAUAUUUAAAAGUGCUUUUACUCGCACAAUCCAGCGUCAUUUUCAAAUGUCACUAGUUGUAACGGUUAUUCUAAUUUGCAGAUACUGCUAGUCGUAACAGAUGGAGCCAGCAAUGGUGGGAUUAAGUCUCUCCGCUCUCCAGUUGAGGAGCUGCGAUCCAGUAAAGUAAAUAUAUUUUCCGUGGGAGUUGGACAAAGCCUCAACCGUAAUGAGCUGGAGUUCAUGGCCUCCGACCCAAAAGCUUCCCAUUUAUUCUUUGUUCGUAAUAUGGCAGAGUUACCUAAUCUGUUGAACACCUUAGCAGAGUCUUCAUGUCAAAGUAAGAACUGAACGCCUCUAUCAGUAAUGCUCUAACCGCUUCGUUAUUCUCACUGAAAUACUAAUGUGGAAAGGUUAUUAUUAGUCUUAGGAUCGCCCCUGUUAUUGGCCGUUUUUAUGCUAGAGACCUAAAAGUCGUUUAGACGCAUUUAACGUCUGAAACGUUUAAGUCGUCUGUCAACUGCGUCGUUCGGACGCACUUAACAAAAGACAUUUAAGUCGUCAGACGUUUAAUGCAUCUGUGUUAUUUACCGUUUUAUACUAGACGUUAAAGGCGCCUUAAGACGACUUUAACUUCCCUAAAAUAAAAAUGGCCAUUGCUGUGACGUUUAGCUGACGAUGUUUAGAAAAGGAUGAUAUCAACAAAAUACAUUUUGCGUUUCGAAUUCGCUCAACACAUUUUGUUGUGUAAAUAAACCAUCCACCUGUGAGAGUUAAAUUACGCAAACUAAUACUAAGAGACUAAAUAAGGAAUGCUCAGCGGCAUUUUGUAAACACGACGCAUAUAAACGUCUAAGGGUGGAUUUCCACUGGCGCGUGAUUUUUACGUGCGUGUACGUUCGUAAAAUUUACUUUCAAAAAUAGAGGAGAGGUAAUGUAUGAAAGAUCGCGCGUAAAAGCAAUAGUGUCAUCUCUUAAGGGCAACACUACAUUCCUUUUUUCUAUUUUAUUUACGAGAGUAAAAUUUUACGUACGUACACACGCACGUAAAAAAUACGCGAAAACAGAAAUCCACCCUAAAACACGGAUGCUUUGAACCUGCAAACAGAUUUUAAACUCUUUUUUUUUUUCUUUCGUCGAAAGAAACGCCGGGACACUAUAGAGUGUUUUCACAUGACGUCACGGCGGCCAUAUUGGUGUCCCAAAACAAUGAAACGGCGGCCAUGUUGGUGUCCCAAACCAGUCCUGUGGGAGUUGAACUCCUUUCUUAUGUAAACGCUUCCUUUUGUUCCAAAAAAUUUGCAGAGAUGCUGGCCACGUGAGUGAAAACACUCUAUAUCGUUAACAGUUACUGGUUUAUGCAACUGAAGCAGGUUAUAAUUUAAGGCAAUUUAAUGAGUGACCGUUUCCCCCGUACCCUUUACCAAGGUAGUUAGGAUAACACCAAAAUUAUACUCGUUGGUUUUAGAAACUAAAUGGAAUUUUGUCCGAGUUUUCAGCGCUUUCAUUUUUCAAAAAGUAAUUAAAAGUUGAUGAAAGUUCUCUAUUAAUUUGGUAUAGUUUUCAAGUGUAAGUACGUGACUUGCGACUACAGUUUGUGGUCCUCGUGGUCGAUCUCUUGUGGCCGUGGCAUGAAAAGAAAGAAAACACUCACAAAACAGAAUGAGAACAUCACAGAGCAGCAAGGAGGUUGUUCAGGAUUACAAACCACUUGCGACAAGGAAAAAGUUGAAACUAAGGACAUGGACUGUGAGUAGCACUUUUAAAUAGAUCUCUCGCGCGCGAAAGGUAUCCGGUGACCAGUGUCACCUGACUGUAUCACAGGCUCAUUUGCACAACCCAUUGAGGUGACGUGUUUUUAAACGUUACACGCUGAUCAGUAAUUGGUUUUCAAUUGGUCACUGUCUCAGAUUCAGUCUGCUUCUUGCUUCGGACAAAAGGUGAAUAACUGUAUAAAGAUAUUUCAUAUCUAAACUUCGCAAGUACUAUUUUGCUAAGAAUAUUUUCCACAUGAUUUUUUUUUCUGGUAUAUUUGCAGCACUAAUAAGUGGCUACCUGUCGUCCCCUCCUUAUUAGAUAGCCGGCUAGUAGGUGUAGAUAACUACCUGUGCAAUCCAGUUGGUAGUCAUUGGGCACCUAUUGCAAACAUGCACAUUUUUAGCCUGAUAAAAUAGCCAACA